AUGAGCGAAGUUGAUAAAGUACCGCCCGCAAGCUUGUCGGGCAUGCUCUCGACACUGGCCCCUGUGGCCGUGAUGUCGGGAGCAUACCUCGCUAUCUUCCUGGUCCUACGACGGACUCAGCGCCGCUACUAUGCUCCUCGAACGUAUCUGGGCAGCUUGCGCGAGAGCGAGCGCUCGCCUCCUCUGCCGAACGGCUUCAUCGACUGGUUCUUCAGCUUCUGGAAGAUCCCCGACAUCUAUGCGCUGCAGCACCAGUCGCUCGAUGCUUACCUCUACAUCCGCUUCCUGCGUCAGGCCUUUAUCAUGAUGCUCGUCGGCUGUCUCGUCACCUGGCCUAUCCUAUUCCCCGUCAACGCCACUGGUAGCGGCCGCCAACGCCAGCUCGACAUCCUGUCGUACGCCAACAUCGAUAACAAGACCGAGAGUGACCGUUACUAUGCCAUCGUCUUCGUCUCCUGGGCCUACUUCGGCUUCAUCAUGUACAUGAUCAUGCGCGAGUGCAUCUUCUACAUCAACCUACGCCAGGCCUUCCUGCUGAGCCCCUUCUACUCCGAGCGCAUCUCGUCGCGUACCGUGCUGUUCACCGACGUUCCCGAGCCGUACCUGACCGAGGCUAAGCUGCGCAGGGUCUUUGGCUCGGCCGUUAACCGCGUCUGGAUCACCAGCGACACCAGCGAGGUCGACGACUUGGUUACUGAGCGCGACAAGGUCGCCAUGCGCCUGGAGAACGCCGAGGUCAACCUGAUCAAGCUGGCCAACAAGCUGCGGCAGCGCGCCAUCAAGAACGGCACUGACACCGAGAAGGCCCCCAUCGUGGGCGACCAUGCCAAUGAGGAGUCUGGCAGCGUUGCUGCUCGCUGGGUCCCCGCCGAGAAGCGCCCGACGCACCGUCUUGGUCCUCUGGGUCUGUGGGGUGAGAAGGUCGACUCGAUCAACUGGUGCCGUGAGCAGCUGGCCCGUCUCGUCCCCGAGGCCGAUGCCGCCCAAGCCAAGUACCGCACGGGUGGCUACAAGCGGAUCAAUGCCGUAUUCAUCGAGUUCAAGACCCAGAUCGAUGCCGAGGUCGCCUCGCAGACGCUGGCUCACCACCUGGGCUAUCACAUGCAGUCGUAUGUUGGUAUCCGCCCCGAUGAGGUUGUCUGGGACUCGCUGGCCAUCCCGUGGUGGCAGAAGGUUAUCCGCCGCUACAUCGUGUUUGGCUUCAUUUUCGCCAUGAUCCUAUUCUGGGCGAUUCCCGUUGCCUUUGUCGGUCUUGUCAGCAACGUCAACUACCUUGCUACCAUCAGCUGGCUCGAGUGGAUCAAGGACAUUCCCGCUGUUAUCCUCGGUGUUAUUACCGGUCUGUUGCCGUCUGUCAUGCUGUCUAUUCUCAUGUCGCUGGUUCCCAUUAUCAUUCGCCUGUGCGGCAGGAUUGCCGGCGAGCCCUCACAGUCGAGGAUCGAGCUGUUCACGCAAAAUGCCUAUUUUGCCUUCCAGGUCAUCCAGGUCUUCCUCGUCACAACACUCUCGUCGUCCGCUACGGCUGUGGCUAAGCAGAUCGUCGACAACCCGACCAGCGCCACGUCCAUCCUGGCCAACAACCUGCCCAAGGCGUCCAAUCUCUACAUUUCCUACUUCAUCGUCCAGGGUCUGAGCAUCGCCACCAGCGAGCUGACCCAGAUUACCGGCUUCGUCAUCUUCUACCUCAUGUACAAGCUGCUGGCCAACACCCCUCGCGCCCUCUACCAGAAGUGGACCACGCUCAGCGCCAUCUCGUGGGGCAGCACCCUGCCUAUCUACACUAACAUUGCCGUCAUUGCCAUUACCUACUCGUGCAUCGCCCCCCUGAUGCUCGGCUGGGCCACCAUCGCCAUGUUCCUCUUCUACAUCGCCUGGCGCUACAACGUCUUCUUCGUCACCGACACUCAGGUCGACACCCGCGGUCUGAUCUACCCGUAUGCCAUCAAGCAGCUCUUUACCGGCCUGUACCUCGCCGAGCUGUGCAUGAUCGGUUUGUUCGGUGCCUCCGCCUCGCCCGGCCCCCUCAUCCUCAUGGUCAUCUACCUCGUCUUCACUGCCCUCUUCCACAUCUCCCUUAACUCGUCGCUCAACCCCCUGCUGUACAACCUGCCGCGCACGCUGCUCUCGGAGGAGGAAGAGAUCCGUCUGAUGGAUCCCGAGGCUGGCGUCGGCCCGUCCCGCUCGGCGGACGAGACUGCCGAGAAGACUGAGGUCAAGGAUCUCAAUGACGACGGUGUCGUCGAUGACACCGAGGCCCACGUCGCCGCCGCGCGCCAGGCUGCCAAGGUCACCGACCGCAGUGGUAACUUCCUUACGCGCUUCUUCCAGCCGUGGAUAUAUGCAAAUUAUUAUGUCCUGCGCAAGCUUGUGCCAAGGCAUAUUCAGCUGGAGCAGUAUUCCGAGGAGGUUGCUUCUAAUGCGUACCAUCCCCCCAACACGAAGAGCCCGGCACCGUUGCUGUGGAUCCCGGAGGAUCCGGCUGGCGUGAGCAAGCAAGAGGUUGCGCAUACUAGCAGAGUGAUUCCCAUCACCGAUGAAGGGUGUACGUUGAGCGAGGACGGGAAGCUCAUUUGGGAUAAGGAGCGGACGAGGCCGCCGGUUUGGGAGGAGAAGAUUUAUUAUUAA